UGAUGUGCUGCCUUCCAUUUCUCGUUCACUCCGUCCGUAACCGCAUAUUAAAUCUUGUGCAAAGUGUACUGACGUAUAUAAAUUAUACCAUAAUCAGUCGACUCUUACACUACUUAAUCACCGAUAUGGCCAAUGAGCCAGUGCCUCUAGACAGCAGCAGUGACAGUGGUAGCAGCUGCAGCAGCGGUGAUGAAAACAAAGAGCGGGGAAACUGGACUGGGCGUUUGGACUUCCUCCUCGCCUGCAUCGGCUAUGCCGUUGGCCUUGGCAACGUCUGGCGCUUCCCGUACCUUUGCUACCGGAAUGGCGGAGGUGAGAGUUACAAACACAUCGCGCCUCUAUAUGAUUUUUCUCCUCUUCCGAUGAUGAAAGGACUCGGCUAUGGGAUGGUCAUCGUCUCCGGCAUCGUCUGCAUCUACUACAAUGUCAUCAUCACGUGGACACUCUACUACAUGUACCUUUCGGUGCGGGAGAGCGUCGUGCCGUGGGCAACGUGCGGCAAUCCCUGGAACACGGCCGACUGCCGCGAGCUUGGUAACGCCAGCGGCGAUGCGGGUUACGAGAGUCUGAGCGGCGACAACAGCAGCAGCAGCAUCGUGAACGUGUCGGAGGCGCGGUCGGCGUACGUCAACAUACCGAGCCAGGAGUUCUGGACACGUUACGUACUACAAAUCAGUAGUGGUAUUGAGGACAUGGGCAGCGUCAGAUUAGAGCUGCUCGCUUGUCUAUUCAUCGCCUGGGUCCUCAUCUUCGUCUGCGUUAGCAGGGGUAUAAAGUCAUCAGGCAGGGUUGUCUAUUUCACGGCUACAUUUCCCUAUGUACUGCUUACGGUCUUGCUGAUCCGGGGCUGCAUGCUUGAAGGUGCAGUGGACGGAUUGCGCUUUUACCUUCAACCCAAGUGGGGACAACUGAGGAGCUUCAAGGUGUGGGGUGACGCAGCAACGCAGAUUUUCUACUCUCUGGGACCGGCCUGGGGUGGCUUGAUCACAUUUGCUUCCUUCAACAAGUUCCAUAACAACUGCUACAGGGAUGCUCUGCUCGUACCACUUAUCAACUGCGGCACGAGCGUAUACGCUGGUCUCGUCGUGUUCGCCAUCUUGGGUUACUUGUCGGCCAUGACAGGUCUACCCAUUGAGGAUGUCGUCAAGCAAGGUCCUGGUCUCGCAUUCGUAGUCUAUCCGGCAGCCAUAGCAACGCUUCCCCUGUCUCCACUGUGGGCUUGCCUCUUCUUUUUUAUGCUGUUGCUGGUCGGAAUGGACACACAGUUUGGGAUGUUUGAGACGAUGACUAGUUCGCUGAUUGAUGAGUUUCCUCAGCUGCUGAGGAACCGUAAGAUGCUCUUCACCGGAUUCAUGUGCUUCAUUGAGUUUUUGUUUGGCAUCCCCUGCAUAAUGAACGGCGGCAUGUACGUGCUACAACUAAUGGACUGGUACUGUGCGGCUUUCGCUCUCAUGUUCAUCUCACUCAUUGAGUGCAUUGUUAUUGGCUGGGUUUACGGAGCGGAUCGAUUUCUCACGGAUAUCAGUGUGAUGAUUGAUCAUAGGCCAGGCUGGUGGUGGAAGCUGACAUGGUGUUACAUCAGUCCCAUUGUGGUCUUUUGUUUGCUGGUUUUUACCUUGGUGAUGCACACGCCUAUCUCUUACAACAACUACUCCUAUCCGCAAUGGGCAAUAGUAAUUGGCUGGAUGAUGGCGUUAUCAUCACUGGUUCCAAUACCCAUAUCGGCAGUGUGCGCAGUGUAUACUGCACCAGGCAACUCCCUAUGGGAGCGUGUAAGAAUGGCACUUCGUCCCACGCCGGAGUGGGGUCCUGCGAUCGACAGAUAUCGCAUCGAGUACAAGCAAGUUUUGCAUGAACAUGGCUUCAUGAAAAGUGUGCCAGAGUCGAGUGCAGCCACUCUGGUGAACCUAAGAGAGAUGGAGCCAUUGGAGAUAUGACGGACUCCUCCUGCAAUGGAUGAAAUGUAGAGCUUUUUGAGAUUGAUCUGAAAUCAUUCCUAAUGCCAUGUACUACCGACUGUUCCACGUAUGAUAUUGCUUCACUUAGGCCUGUAGGUUAAGUCAUUAAUUAAUCUAUAGGGGGCCAAAUGUACUUUCUUCCUUCAGCCGCUACAAAGCUAGUCAUCUCAUUCACUGGUUUGCUUAGGUGAGGCUGCGUCAUCGCACCAACAUGAAUUUCAACGAGUUAGUUGCUCAGAUGUGUCGGUGCUGACAUGUAUUUUUACUGCAUCUCUUUUGCGGUUACCGUAAAAUAAGCGCGAACUGGUGCAGGUUGUGAAAGUUGAGCCAGACGAAUUAGUAGUGUUUAUGAAAUGUUUGCCACCGUAAACACGUUUUAUUAGGAUUGUUUGGCACAGUACUUAAACCACUCUAACGCGUGGACGUAAAAUUUUAUUGUUGUAAGGGUGAAAGAUAUCCAAUCAAGUUGUGCCUAUGCGUACUAUAUGCUUCCAAAAAUAAUACAAUUUAGGUGCAUCUGACUGCAAGAGUGUCUGUGUGCUAUGCUUCCUUGUUAUUAAAAUUCUCUGUUUCACAACCCCAGUGAUUGUACAUUAUUAUAUAGUUUAUUUAUUUAACUUUAAAGCACAUUGUUUACGCGUAUAAAGUGUGGUGUACGAUAUCGGUGUUUUGUGCUUAAUUUUUUGUUGCUCUGUGAAGCCAUAUAAAAAUUGGGUGAAAUAUUUCCAAGGUGACGCCAUUGUUUAUAAAUAUCCGUGACGACUGUGGGAUGUUUUAAUUAUAGAAGAUCACGUAGAUAAAUGAACCAAUUUCACCUAUAUUUACUGGUAACAGACUAAAUAUUAGCUUUAUCACUUUUUUUCACCGUAUUUAAUCAGUCAGAAUUUGGCUCAUAUGUGUAUACUUAUUAUGUAUGGAAUCCUAUCAUAUGUUAGAUAGAAGAUGUUCUUCUAUAUACAUAUCUUCAUGGAUUGGUAUUAUGGGAUGUAUGUCGUAUAUAGUCGUGAAGGUUCAUUGCCCGCGAUACAACACCUUGUGUAAUUUUGUGUUUAUUGUGUCAUAUUGUAUGUCGUAUAUGUAGUAACAAACCAUAAAACACUUUAUGAUAUCAUUAUUGUUCAUCGUAGUUGAUCCUGAUAGGAAUAGCAGUUCGGAUUUUAGCACUUAUUUAGUGUGUAAAAACGCACAACACGUGAGACAUAGGUAAAUAUAAAAGCAUUGAGUUUGGAGUUUGAGUUA